AUGGAGACCACAAAGAACGAGAAAGAUCUGGCGAUAAUAGCAAGCUCUGGCCAUGUCGAAGACAGCGCUGUAUUAACCGCUAAUGUUAACGAUGUCCUUGUGCAAGAGAGGCUCUCUGGAUGGUCAUGGACAGCUUUUCGUCUAUACGGAGUUAUCGCUAUCACAACCCUGAACUGCACGAUGAAUGGGUUUGACGGAACCUUGAUGUCGUCCCUUAACGCAAUGAAACCAUUCCACCACCAAUUUGGAACGAAGAUGGAUGGAGGCGGUACUGGCAUCUUGUUUGCUAUUUACGCAAUUGGAAAUCUGGUUGGAGCGGUUGCAGCGGCUCCGGCCUCGGAUAUUCUCGGCCGGCGAUUUGGAAUGUGCAUCGGCUCGUUCUUCGUCAUUUUGGGCGCGGUCUUGGAAGCUACAGCCAGCAAUGUUGGCCAGUUCAUGGGCGGUCGGUUCCUAAUUGGAUUCGGCGUCUCGAUCUCGAAUACUGCUGGGCCGACGUACCUAGUGGAAGUUGUUUUGCCGCAGUGGCGCGGCGCUCUUGGUGGUCUAUAUAACGUGGUGGGGUACUACUCAGGAGCUUUAGCUUGCACGUGGAUUGCCUACGGGACCGGCUUCUUAUCCACAAACUGGUCAUGGCGCAUUCCAGUCCUGGUCCAAAUUGUACCAGCGGGGAUCGUUCUCCUAACUGCAUAUAUGCUGCCCGAAAGCCCUCGGUGGUUGUGGUCGAAGGAUAAGAAGGAUGAAGCGCGUGCUGUGCUGAUCAAGUAUCAUGGCGCCGGCGAUCCUCAUUCAGCCUUGGUUGCAUUUGAGUGCGUCGAAAUCGAAGAACAGCUCCGCCAGGAGAUUGAAUCCGGAAAUCACAUAUGGUGGGACUUCCGGGCUCUGUUUAUCGGCAGGGCCAUGUGGUAUCGACUCUGGAUAAUAUUUUUGGUUUGUGUCUUCUCACAGUUCGUCGGAGGGUCUGUGAUCAGUUACUAUAUGCCUGUCAUGUUGCAAAAUGCAGGAAUUACAGACUCACACAAACAGCUUCUUCUGAAUGCUCUGAACAUCGUCUUUGGUUUUGUGAGUGGCAUUGUCGGGAGCUUCUUUGUUGAACAGCUGGGUCGUCGUACCCUGUUCCUUUGGGGGACAUUCCUGACCGGCCUGGUCUACAUCCCAAUCAACGUGAUUGCGUCAUUUAAUGCAGACCACAUCACGCAGAGCAUGGGCUAUGGAUUUAUUGCCUGCAUUUUCCUCUACGGUAUUAUUUAUUCCUUCUGUUGGACGACGCUCCAGGCCCUGUACCCUGCGGAAAUUCUUCCGACGAGUGUUCGCGCCAAGGGACUUGCCUUUCAAGGCCUGGUAUCCGGCGGCGCAUCGUUUAUCAACAUGUACGCUACGCCAGUUGGCAUGGACACUAUCGGGUGGAAGAUGUACACAAUCUUCUUGGUUUUCCAUUUCGUCGAAUAUCUUGCAAUGUUCUUUACUCUACCCGAGACCAAAGGCCGAACCCUUGAAGAGAUCGAAGAGGUGUUCGAGGCUGGUAAUGUUGUCAAAGCAUCAUUGCGAAAGUAA